AUGACCACCAUCCACAAGAUUGAUUUAGGCAUCACUCCUGAGGAGAGCUUUUCUUUGGCCAACAAGGGAAUUAAGUUUGACUCUUUGAAUGACAUCCAGCCUUAUUUGGAAGAACUUUCUCUCAAAAAAGACCUUAAAUUGAUCGAUAUCUCUGGAAACACCAUUUCGCCAGAGUGCUCCAAAUACCUCGCUGCUGAGAUCAAGAAGUUUUCUUCGACACUGCUCCAUCUGAACUUGCAAGAUAUUUACACGUCUCGUGACAAGAAUGAGAUCCCAGCCUCUCUGAAGGAAUUCUUUCCAGUUAUUUUGGAAUGCUCCUCUUUGAAAGUGCUAAAUCUUAGCGACAAUGCCUUAGGUCAGGAUACCAUUGACAUUCUUGAAGAGUUCUUAUCUUCUGCGAAAUCUGUCGAACACCUUAUUUUGACCAACAACGGUUUGGGACCGUUCUCUGGUGCGAGAGUCGGAAAAGCACUUUACAGAUUAGCAAAGUUGAAGGAAAAAGACAACGCACCUACUCUCAAAACUUUCUGGUGUGGGCGUAACAGACUCGAAAACGGUUCUGUUGACUAUCUUGCAAUUGGUUUCAAAGCAAAUUCCGAUUUACAAGAGAUCAGACUGUAUCAAAAUGGUAUUAGACCGCAAGGUAUUGCAAAAUUAAUUAAUCAGGGCUUAGCACAUCUAAAUAAUCUCAAGGUUCUUGACUUGCAAGACAACACAUUCACUGUUCCGGGAUCUUUGGCUCUAGCAUCUGCCUUGCCAAAGUGGCCUGAGUUGACGGAGUUGAAUGUCAACGAUUGUCUUCUGAAGAGUGCAGGGUGUUUGAAGGUCAUUCAGGGAUUGGCAGACCUAAAAGACUCUAAACUUGAAACUCUUAAGCUACAGUACAACGAGCUUGAGUCUGAUUCCUUAGAAGUGCUGGCCAGGGUCGUUCCAUCUUUGAACGCGCUAAAGUUGCUAGAGUUGAAUGGUAAUCGUUUCGAGGAAGAUUCUGAGCUGAUCGAAAAAAUUACCGAGACGUUUGAGAACAGAGGAUUGGGUGAGCUGGAUGAGCUGGAUGAUUUGGAAGAGCCGGAUUCAGAUGAAGAAGAAGACGAGGAUUCCGAUGAAGAAGAAGAGGUCCAGGAGGACGCUGAUUUAUCGAAAUUGGAGGCAGAGUUGGCAUCCAGUCACAUUUAAGAACCUUGUAGGUGCUCUUUUGCUACUUCGUUCUUAAGCUUUGUAAUAAGCCGAUCCUUUUUGAUCCAUUUCCUCUCCAGCCAUUUUUCUAAUUUGUUUCUCUUUAAUGGGAUCCUGCUCAUCAUUUUGGCAUGCACAUGGAUCUUGAUGGUGAUUUGGCCUUCGUAUAGACCAAAGGCUUCAAGAAGGUUUGGUGCCUCAAACGAUAUAUUCC